UUCUGUAAAGGACGCCAUUGAUGAGUCCUUUCCGCGUUUCCAUUCAAAACCCUAAUUUUUCUUCUUUUUCAUAUUAAUUUCCUCAUUAUUAUAUCUACAGAUACAGCGAUAAAAUCAUAUUUUAUUAUUUUAAUCAGGGUUUAUUAUCUGUAUUGCGUUUAAUUGGUAUUUCUUCUUCUCUGUAUUACGUUUGAUCCGAAUUUUUAAUUUUUUUUUCUCAAAUUAGGGUUUCUGGGUUUGAAUUUUUUGUUGUGUUCCCUCAGAAGAACAUCGAUUUUUUUUAUUUUUUAUUGGGUAAUUCCUGGGAUUUGUGAAGUGGGUUGUGUGUGUAAGCCUUGAUUUUUGGUUUUUUUUUUUCGUUGUUAUUGUUGUUGUUUGAUUAUCGAUGGGGAAGCCCACUGGGAAGAAGAAGACUCCGGGGCCGUCGAAACCGGGCGACGCCAGCGCGAAGCACGGAAAAACGACGGCCUUUGAUGAGGACACGGCUGUCUUCAUAACAAUGUCUCAGGAAUUGAAAGAAGAAGGUAACAAGCUGUUUCAAAAGCGCGACCAUGAAGGGGCGAUGUUGAAGUAUGAAAAAGCCCUAAAGUUGCUUCCCAAAAACCAUAUUGAUAUUGCCUAUUUGAGGUCUAACAUGGCCUCUUGCUAUAUGCAAAUGGGCAUUGGGGAGUACCCACGAGCAAUAAACCAAUGCAAUUUGGCGAUUGAGGUCUCCCCAAAAUACAGUAAGGCGCUUUUGAAGCGUGCUAAGUGUUAUGAGGCUCUGAAUAGACUUGAUUUAGCAUUGAAGGAUGUUAACGGUAUUCUGAGUAUUGAAUCUAAUAAUCUUGCUGCGUUGGAGAUCGCAGACAGGGUUAAAAAGGCCAUAGAGGAAAAGGGUAUCAAGGUAGAUGAUAAGGAAAUUGUUAUGGCUGCGGAGUAUACCGAGUCACCUCCCUAUAAGGCUGUAAAACAGAAGACUAAGAAGAAGAAGAGUAACAAAACUGAGGUGAAGAAACUGCUGGAUAAGGCAGUUGUGAAACCGGUGGAUAAGGCAGUUGUGAAACCGGUAGAUAAGGCAGUUGUGGAGGAGAAUGUUGGUGUUGUUAAGGAGAAUGUUGAUGCUGUUAAGGAGAAGGCAGUGGCUCCAGAGACUGCUGAGGAAGAAGAAGUUGUUGUUUCAGAGAUUGUGAAGGAAGAAGAAGUGGUGACCGUGAGUAGGCCUGUGAAGUUGGUGUUCAAUGAGGAUAUAAGGUGGGCACAGUUACCGGUUAAUUGUAGCAUUCGAUUGGUGAGGGACAUAGUUCAAGACCGGUUUCCAAGCUUGAAGGGUAUUCUUGUAAAAUAUAGGGAUCAUGAAGGUGAUUUGGUUACAAUCACAACAAAUGAUGAGUUGAGAUUUGCGGAAGCUUCAGGUGAUCCACAGGGGUCUCUUAGAUUGUAUGUUGCAGAAGUUAGUCCAGAUCAUGAGCCGCUGUAUGAAGGAAUGGAGAAUGAGGAGGAGGUGUACAAUCAUGAUAGGAGAGGAAUUCAUGUUAAGGAGAAUGGAAAUGUGGAGAAAGGUGGAGACAUGGAAAAUGGGUUCUCGUGUAUUGAUGACUGGAUAGUACAGUUUGCACGGUUGUUCAAGAACUAUGUUGGGUUCAAUUCUGAUUCAUACUUGGAUCUUCAUGAGCUUGGGAUGAAGCUGUACUCAGAGGCGAUGGAGGAUGCUGUUACAAGUGAAGAAGCCCAAGAACUUUUUGAAAUUGCUGCUGACAAGUUUCAAGAGAUGGCAGCUUUGGCCUUGUUCAAUUGGGGAAAUGUUCACAUGUCCAUGGCAAGAAAGAGGGUAUUCCUCACUGAAGAUGGAUCAAGGGAAUCUAUUAGUGCUCAGAUUAAAACUGCAUAUGAGUGGGCACAGAAAGAAUAUAUCAAGGCAAGUUUGAGGUAUGAAGAAGCUCUAAAAAUCAAACCCGACUUCUAUGAAGGUCAUCUUGCACUUGGGCAGCAGCAGUUUGAGCAAGCAAAACUUUCUUGGUAUUAUGCAAUUGGGUGCAAGAUUGAUUUAGAGUCAGGGCCUUCCAUGGAGGUCCUACAGCUGUAUAACAAGGCUGAGGACAGCAUGGAGAGGGGCAUGCUGAUGUGGGAGGAGAUGGAGGAGCGGCGUCUGAAUGGCCUCUCGAAAUUGGAUAAAUAUCAGGCCCAGUUGCAGAAAAUGGGUUUGGAUGCGCUAUUCAAAGAUAUAUCUGCCAGUGACGUUGCAGAGCAGGCUGCAAACAUGAAGUCACAGAUAUACCUCUUGUGGGGUACAUUGCUUUAUGAGCGUUCAAUUGUGGAAUUCAAGUUGGGGCUACUGUCGUGGGAAGAAUGUUUGGAGGUUGCAGUUGAAAAGUUUGAACUUGCUGGAGCUUCUCCAACUGAUAUAGCUGUUAUGAUAAAGAACCAUUGUUCCAAUGGAGCUGCACUGGAAGGUUUGGGAUUCGACAUUAAUGAGAUUGUACAAGCAUGGAAUGAAAUGUAUGAUGCUAAGAGGUGGCAGAUUGGUGUUCCAUCUUUUCGAUUGGAACCAUUGUUUCGUCGGCGGGUUCCAAAACUUCAUCAUAUCUUGGAGCAUAUUUGAGGUUCUCUGUUAGUUAUUGGCAAUUCUUACAAGGCAUUGAAGAAGAUCAUCAGUAUUAUCAUUUCAUCAUCCAAGAGCUACAGUAUCAGUGUUAAGAUAGGUCUUUUUUCUGCAUGGAUUAUUGUGUCUGUUUGAGUGUUGGCUUGGUACCUAGUCAGUGUCUUUUUGCUGCGAAGCUGCUAGUAUCAUAUUUUCUUUUGGGGAUUCUUUUGAGGACUACAGGAAGCAAGAUUUUUUAUUCUUUUCAAUUGGAUGGUUCACAGUUUGAGGUAUAGUUUUUUAAUGUUGGUUUUGGAUUUAGAGUGUAAUUGUGAUUGGGCUGCAAAGCCAGGUAUGCCAUUUUUUUUGCAUCUGUAGGGGAUUUUCCCUUGAAAGACUACAGGAAGCAGGAUUAUUUGCUUAUAAAUUACAAUUGCUCACAGUUUGAGAAUACAUGUAUUGGAUUUGUAAAUUCAGUUUGAAAAAUAAGUAGUGCAAUAUUACAAUGCUUGUUAUUCAGACUUGA